GUCUCACGCGCAACUGACGCACCGGUAUCCACGCGCCGCCGCUCUCCGGUUGAGGAUUUAACUCAACUUUUUAUCCGCGCGGUCAUCUCCCCGCUUCCCGCCUCCAUCACCGAGGAGCGUCUCAGUGUCCGAGGUGUGUGUGUGUGUGUGUGUUUUUUCUCAUCACCAUGAAGGAGCGGAGACUCACGCAGCCGUUUGUCGCGAGGUGUAAACUGGUGCUGGUCGGGGACGUCCAAUGCGGUAAAACAGCGAUGUUACAGGUCCUGGUGAAGGACUGCUACCCAGAGACUUACGUCCCCACUGUGUUUGAAAACUACACAGCCUGUUUGGAGCUGGAUGACCAGCGAGUUGAGCUCAGCCUUUGGGACACAUCAGGUUCUCCAUAUUAUGACAAUGUCAGGCCGCUGUGCUACAGUGACUCAGACGCGGUGCUCUUGUGCUUUGACAUCAGCCGACCAGACACAGUCGACGGCGCCCUGAAGAAGUGGAAAGCAGAGAUCCAGGACUUCUGCCCCAGUACUCGCAUUUUGCUAAUAGGCUGCAAAACAGACCUGCGCACAGACGUCUGCACUCGCAUGGAGCUGUCCAAUCAGAAGCAGGCUCCCAUCUCCCAUGAACAGGGCUCGUCCUUGGCCAAGCAGCUCGGCGCCGAAGCGUACCUCGAGUGCUCUGCCUUCACGUCAGAGAAGAGCAUCCACAGUGUUUUCCGUACUGCGGCUCUGGCCUGCAUGAACAAACUGCAGCCCGCCGACAAACCCAGCCCCGUCCGCCGCCUCUCCAAGAGACUCCUACACUUGCCCAGCAAGACGGAGCUGCUGUCCUCCACCUUCAGCAAGGACAGGUCCAAGAGCUGCUCCAUCAUGUGAAUCCCAUGCUGGGGAGAAGAAAAAAGAAAAACAAAACCAAGAAAAAAAAAAAAGAAAGAAAAAAAAAACCCCAUAAAGCAAGGACAUGUGAACUCUCCUGUAGCUGCUCAGGCAGGGAGGCAGGGCGUGUAAAGGAAAGGGAAGCUUCUCUCUUCUUUGCAACAUCCUGCUCGACCUCCUGUCAGCCACCACCAAAACGAUCUGUACUCUCUCUGUAUUUAACAGCUUUGAUCAGGACUUGUCACCAGCACACACUUUCCGCACAGAAAGAAGUUGUCCAGGUCCGUAUUCCGGUGCCGGUCGAGCAUAAGAGGCACUUAUAAGGUCCCUACUUCACUCUUUCCCACAGAGAAGGUGGUGGUCGUAAACACUGCGUUUGACUGCAUUAAACUGAUUAGACCCAUUUGAAAUUCUGAUAGCGGCGCCCUUUCCAAUCCAUCUCUGUGUCUGAAUGUCCGUUUAAGGUCACACUGCGAGCUGAGUGACGGGAUGAAAUGCGAAAUCCGACAGUGACAGGGACGCAGGACCCGACAGAAGCGCGGCUCUUAGAAUUUAAAACCGCGCUCCUUGAAGGAAAUUAUUCCCCAUCUGACCCCUCGGUGGUAUUUCGUUUGGAAAGUAAAGCUGGCAGCCGGGAGGGGUGGGGGUGGGGGGGGGUUGGGAAAGGUGCAGGGAAGGGAGGGAUUUGGCGAGCGGAGCAUUCAUUUGCGAAAGGCAGUGGGAGGACAAACGGAGCGAGCAUCUCAAGAAGCGCAAUGUGACUCAGCACUCACAUGAGCCGCGGAACAGGCCACUGUGGACGUGCUGUUCAAAACAAACACACUCCGAGUUAAAAAAAAAAGAAAACAAAA